AUGACUGAGCCAGCCAGUACUACUGCUUCUCUGGAGGCAAUGAUCAGCGGCACUCUCAAUAUCAACGACGCACGCCAUCAUAACGAUUCAGAGCACGCUGUUAACGAACCCGCCCCACCUGGCUCGCCGGUGGAAUCCCAUACCCGCGAAGACGAGCAGGCUCUCGAAUGGCAUGAAGUCAUCGAGCUGCAGGCGUUCAGCGAGCGGAAGGCAUGGAUUGAAGAGAAGAUCAAAUUCCUGGAGAGACUCCCUCCCAUUGAGGUGUUUGUCGGUCUCGAUGCAGUACGCUCGUCCGCCGAAGAAGUACCAGACCUCCCUACACGUGCGGAAUUGGAUGCAUGGCUCGCAGAACAUGACAGGAUAGAGAAGGAAACUGAAAUUUUUGACUCUGGGGAGCUCAAGAAGCUGAAGAAAUUCACCAAAGCUGCUACGCAGCGCAACCUGUCUCCGGAAGACACAGACCUGAUCGAACUGACUUUGACGACGAUCUACGAGUUGGACAAACUAUUACAUCUGCUUAGAGAUAGGUCAGAUAAUCUGGAUCUUCUGGGCAUCCGGUUAACAUGGGAGGAACGACGAUGUGCUGCGUGGGCUGAGCUACGCAGCGUCUUAGCUGAUAUCCGACAGUUCCUCACUACACGUGCACGAUGGGCACCAGCGAUCUACGAUGGAGUUCCUGCCGUAGAUGAGGAGCAGAUCUCUGAGCCUGGGCUCAAACGACGCAACUCAGUAGUUUCGAUCGCUUCCAUGGCUUCCGAUUCGUCUGCCCUUUCCACUCCCGGGUUCUCUAGGAGCAGUCGUUUCAAGCUUGCUGAACAGCUUUCGAGGGACGCCGCCCAGUUCGCUAGUCGUGUAUCCUCUCUCAGGCAUUCCAAAAUUUCGAGUGCGGGGAAGAUUUUAGACAAGCUUAUCGACCAUAGUCGAAGACCUGUCCCGGACGAACUACUGGAUGAACAAGAUAAACUAGAGAACAAGGGUAUAAACGAGCUGGAGGACAUCGGUAAAUUCAUUAUGAGCGUCGUCAUGCAGUGGAAAAAGGCCGAUGAGAUCUAUGUCGAGACGAUGAAGGAUAAAGCUGAUACCCAGACGCUAGCAGAAGAGAUCGAGUUAGCCAGAUACAGUCAUCCCUCCUCGCGACAAGACGUCGCGUUUAUGUCGCGUGCAAACGCUCUCAGUAAACGCUUGCUGAUGCGGGACAACCCUGGAUCAGCGACUAGUGCAUUUCCCCGUCCUCAGCAUCCUCUCUUUUCAGACCAGUCUACUUCCAAUGAUGCCAUUGCCCGUUUGCUCGCCUUCGAAAUAGCUACUGCUAUCGACUACAUGAGAAAGGCCGAUUCUGGCGCUAAGGAGUACCAUGCAACCUUCGAGGCCGUGAGGCGUGUAGAAAAGUGUUGCAAGACUGCAUCUAAGCUAUCUACCCAACUUGAUUCCAUUAUUCAGCAACUCGAGAUUGGCGUUGUAACAGAAGGUGACGAUGGGACACCACCUGAUCUUUCCUCGGAUGCGUGUCUCGACAAUGCUCGACAUGUUAUAUUCCUUACGGCCUUGCCGUCGGUACUGCAAGAGCUGGAGAAAGUCGAUGCAGAAACAGUUGCACUCCUUCCCACUGCACAAGCAGCGCUACUUCAUUUAGAUCGUCCUGGCGUGGAUUCGCAGUUCAAGAUUGACUGUACUAGGGUUAUCGAACGACUGGCAGAGUCGCAAUCGACAGCAAAACGGGUACGAGAGGCGACCGUCGCUCGUGCCUCAACACUGACUACGAUUCGGCAAGUCUGGACAGCGAUGAGUCGGCUAUUCAGCGAGCUGGAAUCUAUACGUGACGAGGUUGCUGAUGCCACAGAGAGACAAAUGUGGCGACAGCAAAUUCGUCCAUAUGAGGCACCUCCAACACCCGAAAGUCCAUCUAUCACCUUACCUCCCCUUACCGUAUCACUUAUCAUGGUUGAUGCUAAACUCAAUGAUAUCCAAGCCCGAUUGCAUCAGACAAUUUUUCUCCCUAUCUCUUCAACAUCGCCUUCCUUAGGGGAUCGGCUCAAGGUUGUUCUCGGAGAGUGCGCUGAUGGGCUGUCAACUUACACGGCUCAGACUCGUCAGCUUGCGCAAUUAUGGGACGCUGUUCAAAGCCAGGCGGCUACUAUGGGUAGCAUAAGAGACGAAGUUUACGGUCUACAAGUUCAAACAGAAGAACUCAAGAUUCGUUUUGACAAGGGCGUUCAGGAUGUUUUGUCCGGGACCCUUUCGGGCGACGAACUUCUGUUGACUGAAGGGGCCCUGUCCGGCGACUUGAAGCGUCUGCAAGAUUCGACUCGAAACUUUUCACAAGACAUAGCCCAUCGGAUCUCUUUUGUCGGUCAAGCUCAUCUACCUCAGGCACGUGGGACGACUUCAGGUAGAAAACGGUCAUUGUCAAGUAGUUUUAGUGUGGAAAUCUUGCGGGAAGCAAUCGCAUUCGAUGCACCUGUUGAUCCUAUGCUGCUUGACCAGGUGGUACGCGCUGAUUGUAAUUCUUAUUGCAUGAUGCUAGCGGGAGCAGUCAAGUCUCUUGAACAGAAGGCCGAUCACUUCCAAUUGGCAAAAACCGCUAAAGCCGUCGACAAUGCAGUGGCUUCUCUGCUGGACAACAUCUGUCGUGUUGUCACGGCUGUGGCAUUUGUUCAAGGUUCACUGAAUGACACUAAUUCACGGCACACAUUGGACGACCUGGACAAAUUCUCCAACGAUGUUCAGCAUCUACUGCAAGCAAAUGAUACGGAGAUUGCACGGUCUCUUUCUCCGAUCCGUGGUCUCAUUCAUCGACUGAGGUCGAUAGCAAGCGGUUCAGAAUCUGUACCAGACGGGAUCAUACCACCUCGUCUUCGAGCCUUUGACCAAGCUGAGAGCCAAUAUCACGUUUGGAAAGAAGGCGUGAUUGCUCUUCAGCAGCAUAUCAGCCAUUCACAGCAAGCUGAGCAUGCCCGCCUGGCCAAGGAGGCUCGGUUAAUGGAAGAAAAAGAGCAUCUUGCAGCAGAAGCGCGCGCUAGGGUCGCGAGAGAGCAGGCUGAAGAAGACCUACGUGCAAAGGCCGAAGAGGAGCGAUUGGAGAGGGAACGGUUAGAGGCAAAAGAACGCGCAGAACUCGAAACGAGGGAGAAAGAAGAUCGUGAUCGCGCUGAGGCCGAUGCACAAGCAACUGCCGAACGUGAAGCGCGGGAGAAAGAGGAGCGGCAGCGCCUUGAGGCCGAUGCACGAGCUGCAGCUGAGCGUGAACGGGUAGAAGAGGAGAGACAAAGAACUGAACUCGAGGAGAGAAAGAGGGCAAAACGCAAAGCGGAAGAGAAGCUUGAGGCGGAAUGGCUGCGAACAGGAUCAGGAGACCUAUCUGCAGUGUAUGAGGAGACUGAGCUGGACAUUUCGGUGGCCUCAUCGUCCCGAGUAACUCAAGUCGAGGAUGAUAUGUUUGGUUUUCGACUGGCUCCAUCGUCCAUACGACACCCUAUGAAUCAACAAGGGAGCGAUAUUCAAGUUCGUAUCUUGGAACUGCGAAAGCGUCUUCGAUCUAUUCACAUUAAUGAGGUUGCGAGACCUACUCCUCGAUCGGAUCUCCCACUUCCAAGCGAUGAUGUGCGGAAGCGAAUGGAAGCAGAUUUGUCUGCCGUUAUCUCUGAGGCGGACAGCCUUCCUUCGAGCUUCCCAGACAAACCCCUGAUCGAAGUGGAGAUUCGAUCGCUACGCAGCGAGCUCCAAGCCUCGAUUGAACUCAUGCAGAAUGUUCAUAAUCUGGCUGAUUUCUCCGUUUCUCUGCGUCAAUGUGAUGAUGCUCUUAGCGACCUUCUAGAGCACGUUGAUAGCUAUCCCUCACCACCUCUUAGUGCUUUGGCUGCACCACAUGUCAGCGACGCGUCCCUGACUCCAGAAGAACAGUUGUCCGCGCGCCUGACAUUCACUAGGAAUGUCAUCGGGACAAUGGCAUCGCGUUAUUAUAUCGUUGCGGACGAUCCGAGGACCACGCCCGAACGUGAACGUAUCACGCAAACAUGGAGUGAGUUAGAGGCCAUGGGUAUGGAUCGCGUCAAUGGUGCCAAGUCUAGGCCAGGUAGUGUCAUGAGUUCCGGUAGAAGUAGUAGAGCAUCAGUGUCUAGCUCACAAGCCUCGGCAAAAAGGAAGAAGGCUGCAGGCUACUCAAAGCUUUCGGUUGGGUCUGCAGAUGGUCGUUUCCUUGCGCCUCCCGCUUUGAACGCUAGGCGUUCGGCCUCUGGUUCGUCUGUCGGUCAUACUAGGACACCUAGCAAAGCUUCUAUAGCCUCUUCCGGUCGGUCUGUCUCCGGUCCAAUGUCUUCUUCCACCACAUUGCAUGGUUCCACAUUCUCAUCCCGCCAGCGGACCAGUAGUGUAUCAUCGACCACAUCCGUGAAAUCACCUCUUCGGCAACCACAUCUCACUCCAUCCCGUCCGCGAGCGCAGACAGGUCAUGCAUUGCACACGCCUUUGCACACGCCGCGAACCGCUUCCCCUGCCCUGUCGGAUGCCUCUUCAAUAUCUAUUUCUCGCUCAAACUUAUCCCAGUCGUCUACUAACCGCUCAUCUUGGGCGCGUGCGCCACGACAGUCGUUUCCUACCAUCACUAAAUCGCCACCACGCACUAGACCUGGUCCCUCUGUGAGGAAGCCUUAUAUUGCGAAUCCGAAGAACAAGUUGGAUGUCGCAGUUGGUGAUGUUGUCAAUAAGUUACCCGUGAACAUCAAUGUUGAACAUGUGGCGGAUACGUGGAAGGAUCAGAGCGGCAAAUAUUGGAUAGGAGACCAAGAUCCUAAGUUAUGUUUUUGCCGUAUUCUACGUUCACAAACCGUCAUGGUACGCGUUGGAGGAGGUUGGUCAGAACUUUCAAAAUUUAUCAAAGACCAUUUUGCUGACUCUUUUCGGAUACUCCCAGAUUCUCCAAGGCUAGGCUCACGCGAAGAAAAAUGGAUUAGUUCCGCCACGCUUUCCCAAGCGGCCGAAAGCCUGUCUUUGAAUCCUCCUAGGACGCCUGAGCCAAAAAGCCCAUAUAUCCCUUCUUUUGCUUUAUCGACUCCUAAUGGUACAAGUCCAAAAUCUAUCAAGACCGCCUCAUCGCCUGGCUCUCCUCUCACACCCUUGCAGUUUCUCAGGCGAGUGGAUCGGGAAUCCCCACGCCCUGAAACACCAUCAAGAGUAUCACGACCCGGCAUAACUGCUAUGCUCAGCACUCCGGCACGGCAGCCUAUUUGGAGACCUUAG